AUGGUGAAUAUGCCUGCUUCGCGCAUCAUGCAGGAAUUCAAAGAAGAAAUGACUGAUGAGAUUGUGCAGUCUUCAAUCAAAAUUGAGCUCGUAAAUGACAGCUGGAGAGAGGGCGUAAAAUUUGUGCUGGAAAUCAAUGUGCCCGAAACAUAUCCUUUUCAUCGAACAAAGGUUCGCUUUAUAACACGCAUCUGGCAUCCGAAUAUCUCAGUGGAGGACGGAGAAAUUUGUCUGUAUAUGAAUAAUUGGUUCGCAGGCACGACAUUGCGUACCCUUCUAUUAUCUCUACAGGCGCUGCUGGCUGCUCCUCAAUCGGAUGAUGUCGAGCAAGCUACAGUCCACUAUCAGUUCAAUAAUACACCCGAAAUAUUUCUAAUGAACGCCAAGCACUGGACAAAUGCCUACGCAGGUGGUCCGCACUCGUUUCCCGAUUAUGAUUCCAAAGUUCAGCGGCUUAAGGAUAUGGGCGUUUUGCGAGUCUUCUUUCAAAGCCACACCUACUGGCAGCGCUAG